AUGCUUCCAGUCCUCUUACCCGCUCACCUGCUCUUUCCACUCUCCCGCUCUCCGCUCUCCCGCUCACGGUGUGUGGUUGUCGCAGGCAAGUCGGAGUCGCUGGACGACAAGUCGCACAUCGAGGUGCCGGACGACAACCACGGGCUCUACAGCUGCGACAUCCUCGACCCCGACGUCUCGGUACCGUUGGACGUGGUGUGCUACUACCACCACACCAUCGUCGAGAUGCGCAAGUGGGGCUUUAAGGACGGCGAGACGCUCUUCGGCUUCGGCUACGACUUCCGCCAAAGCAACCGGCUGCCGGAGACGUUGGACCGGCUGCGCGCGCGGCUGGAGGCGAUAGUGGCGGCGAGCGGGCGGCGCGUGGACGUGGUGACGCACAGCAUGGGCGGGCUGCUCUUCAAGUCGCUCGUCGCGCUUCACCCCGCCGACGCCAAGCGCCUCGUGCGCAAGUGGGUCUCCAUCGCCGCGCCCUUCCGAGGCGCGCCGGGGUUCAUAAUGGACACGCUGCUGACGGGCGUGGAGUUCCUCAAGGGCUGGCAGAAGUCGCUCUUCAUCUCCAAGUGGACCAUGCACCAACUCAUGGUGGAGUGCCCAUCGGUGUACGAGCUCAUGGCGGAUUACGACUUCCACUGGGGCGGCCAGAAGCCCGAGCUCCGCGUUGUGCGCCGCCAAGCCGACAGCAAGGCGCACGCGGAGAGGGACGUGUGUUGCGGAGCGGACGCGGAGACGGACAGUGAGAGCGAGACUAGAAGCGAGAGAGACAGCAGCAUCGGCAGCAGCAGUGGGAGUGGCGGCGACAGCGAGGCGUGCAGUGUGGCAGAGUCGGUGGCGGGCGAUGGCAGCCCGCGGAGGGUGGUGGGCGAGGCGGUGAUGGAGAGCGUGGUGGGCGAGGGCGUGGUGGAGGAGCGCUUCACCCGCCUGCCGGACAUUCUCGCUGCCAUGGACAGAGCACUGGAAGGCAACAAGAUAGAGGUGAACGGGCGCACGGUGCCGCUGCCGUUCAACCGGGACAUCGUGAGGUGGGCGGACGAGACGAGGCGCAUCUGGGCCAGGGCGCGCCUGCCGCCGUCCAUCGACUUCUACACUGUUUAUGGCACCGGCCUCGACACUCCCUUCCACUCCCAGUACGGGUCGCCCAAGGACCCGCUCAACGACCUGCCCGACAUCCUCCACUCCGAUGCCACCUUUGACUGUGUGCACGGCGACGGCACCGUUCCCAUCGAGUCCGCCCUCGCGGAUGGCUUCCCAGCGCGCUUCCGAGUGGGAGUGCCGGGAGCAGAGCACCGAGAGCUGCUGCGGCUGCCGCGGGUGUUCAGCCUGCUGCACUUCUUCCUGGAGGUGCGGGGCAAGGACCCGCUCUACGACCCCCUCUCCGACUUCGUCAUCGUGCCGCGCCCCCUGGGGGCGGCGGGCACGGAGGGGGAGGAGGGGGAGGGGGAGGAAGAGGCGGGAGACGAACCUCACGGCCUCGCCCUUCGUACACCGUCGCCGCGUUCCGGCAUGGAGGUGAAGCGGUCGCAGCAGUGGAAGUACGUGCUGCUAGCGGUGGUGCCGGGCGUGCUGGCGCUGCUGCGGCUGAUCAGCCCCGUGCAGGCCAGCUGCCUCGUCAUGCUCGCAUACAUCCUCUCGCGCCGCCACUCCAACGAGAUCCAGCGCCAGUGGGACCGCGCGCAGGCCGCCAAGGAGGCACAGCGGAAGGCGGAAGAGGAGGCUUUGGCGGCACUUCCGGCGCGGAAGCGGAAGGCGAUUCAGCGCGCGCGGGCGAAAGAAGCGGCGAGCGCGGAACAGGCAGGGCAAGACGCAGCGGAGGACAGCGACGAGGGUAGCGACCAAUAG